AUGGCUGGGAAGGUUGCUCUUCGCGUUGGGGAUAAAGUGGAGGAGAGGCUGCUGCGCAUCUCAAAGCCUCUGUUUUACGUGCCGAACCUCGCUAUACACUUGAAAACAGCCGAGGAAAUUGGGGCCUUCAAAAUCAACAAAGAGCAACACCUACAACCAAUAUUGUGUUCCGCCAUAGCCGAGCAGCUGAGCCAGGGCAACGAGGACGAAAAGCAAGAGAAUAAGGAUGCGGCCCAACGCUUGCCACCAGCGCUAGAACGUCUAGUCAGGCAAACUAUUGAGGUUCCUGGCGCAAAACUGCUGGAUUGGGAUUUCUGUCUUAUGGACGCCACGCCUAGCCGCCUGUCGGGCAUUCACUCAGAGUUCAUCGAAAGCCCCCGGCUAGACAACUUGGCAUCGACAUUCGCCGCCUUUGAGGCGCUGGUGGAGGCGAAGCAAAGCAAGAGCGACAUUUUGAUGGCUGUGGCGUUUGAUCACGAAGAAGUCGGCUCGGAAUCGCUUUCAGGCGCCAACUCUAACAUCCUCGAGGUAGCAUGCUGCAGUUUCUCGACGUCGUCAUUUUCUUGUCUCCGUUGCUUCCUUGUGUCUCCUCUUUGUGCUAAUGGGGGCUAA